AUGUCGCUCCGCGCCGCGCCCUCGACGGGCUUUCUACAGUCUUUCCUCGCCGUCGCUUCCGCCUCUCUUCGUCCUGCAGGUCCCUCAAGGAGCUUCAUCCCCCUCGGCGCUCGAUCAUGGCCCGCCCCUCUACUGCCCUCGAUUGUCGUUCCCAUCCCCAGCCUGGUCUCGGACAUCUGGGAGUCAAUUCUCAAGGCUGUACCGAAAAAGAAGACAUCACACAUGAAGAAGCGUCACCGACAGAUGGCUGGCAAGGGUCUUAAGGAUGUCACAUCGCUCAACAAGUGCUCUGGCUGCGGAAGAGUCAAGCGCGCACAUUACCUGUGCCCCCACUGUGUCAUGAGCAUUAAAAAGUGGUUCAGCAACGACUUCAGCCCCAAGAGAGAAAAAUCCGAGUUGACUGAGUGGGAGAAGAAGGACCGCCAGAUGAAGUUGGCCCGUAGAGGCUACACAGUUGACGAGGCCAAGACCGAAGAGCCCAAGACCGAGUUCACGGACGACGUUGUCGACAGAAAGUGA